AUGUCCACAAUCCCCAACCUCAACACCCUCCGUUCCGAUCGACGGGGUCCGCGCCUCCGAGGACGAAGAGGACCUCGUGAUGGAUCUGAAGAUGUCGGUCGAUUUGGCGAGGAAGAUGUCGAGAUUGGCAAGGAUAAGAUCAUCCAGCAAACGGAUCAGGAUGCCAGCAGCAGUCGGAUGAGUGCUGUGUCAUUGGGAUAUUUUGACGAUCCGUACGCGAAAGCGUUCUUUCCUGCAGGAGAACAAGUCCCGAAAAGAUAUCCCAUUAUCAAUCGAGGAACGUAUGUCCGAACGAAUGCCAUUGACAAACUGGUUCUACGGUAUCUUGAGACAAAUCCGAGCGAACAGAAGCAAAUCAUAUCACUAGGAGCGGGAUCAGACACACGGUUUUUCAGACUAUGCGCUGGCAAAUACAAAGUCAGGUAUCACGAGCUGGACUUCGAAUCGAACGUGGUGCCCAAGCGAGCUGCAAUUCGAGCCUCUGAAGACCUGUCACGCAUGACUCUGCCAAGCAACAAUAGCUCAACGUAUCACCUGCACGCCAUCGACCUGAGAGACUUGACUCACCGAUCGCCUCCAUUGCUACCUGAGAUGUCGACAGAGAUCCCUACCCUGAUCCUCAGCGAAUGUUGUCUCUGCUAUCUGCCUCCAGAUACGGCUAGCAGUGUGAUUCAGUACUUCACCAUGAACAUUCCAGGCUCGAUAGCGAUGAUUCUCUACGAGCCGAUUCGACCGUUUGACUCAUUUGGGAAGACCAUGGUGUCGAACCUGGCAUCACGAGGCAUUGAGCUCCGCACAUUGAAGCGAUACUACUCGCUCGACGCACAGAGGCAACGACUGCGCCUAUCAGGAUUCAAAGGCGGUCAGGGAGCGCGGGACGUCUAUCAGCUGUGGGAGAGCGACGACUGGGUGAGCAACACCGAACGGGAGCGGAUCGAGAAAGUCGAAUGGCUUGACGAGAUUGAGGAGUGGAAGUUGUUGGCGAGUCAUUACUGCGUUGCUUGGGGCUGGAGAGGAGAGCCUUUCGAGCAGGCUUGGAAAGAGAUCGAGGGUGGCCGAACACCUGACGAACAGCGGGAUGAUGCACUCGGGUGA